AUGGAAUCAGCAAAAUCCUGGCUGUCCACUCUUAAAUCGGAGCUCAUCUCCGGUAAAAUGGCCGAUUUGCUGCCCAAGUCGCUUGUUGGGAAGCUGCUCUUGUGCGGGGCCGUCCUUGCUGGUGGAAACGGACUGUGGUACACCCUCGUUUACUUCCGACGAGCCGUACAAAGGCCACGCCUGUCCUAUCAGCAUAACGCCAACUUCCUCUUCUACACCACGCACAUAGCCACAGUGGCCGGGACCUACUUCCGAAGCAUGCCCACCAUUCACUACCGAAGGGAUACGCUCAGCAUGGACGACGGAGGCCAGUUGUGCCUCGAUUGGGUGCUCGAUGAUGGCGAUGAUACGGAUGUGACGCCAAACAAGCCCACCGUGAUCAUCUUCCACGGUCUUAACGGCGGCAGCAGCUCUGUAUACGUUCGUCACGUCAUCAAUGCCAUCAAGGACCAAUUGGGCCGUGACAAAAUCCGGGUUGUGGUCAUGAACAACCGGGGAGCUGGUGGCUCUGAGCUGCUGACCCCGAAGGGCUAUUGCGGAGCAUACACAGAGGACGCGCGGGUGGCAAUUCGCCAUGACGAGGCACCACUGAUUGCCCUUGGCUACAGCUUGGGGGCCAACAUCAUGCUCAAAUACGUGGGCGAAGAGGGAGAGAAUGUGCCUCUCAAUGGUGCCAUCUCGGUCUCGAAUCCUCUUGAUUUUAAGGCCUCUUCGUUCCAUCUGGAGACGAUGCCCUUGUACAACGCAGUGCUGACCAAGGGCUGCAUUGGAACAUUUUCGCGGCACGCUCACAUCUUCGCCCAGCACGAGGAACUGGAAAUCGAGGCAAUCUACCAGAUCUUUGGCUAUGAGACGGUGGACGAAUACUAUGAUGCUGCCUCCUCGGUGAACUAUAUUCAGAACGUGGCGGUGCCUACACUGAUCCUGCACGCCAUGGACGAUCCCAUUGUUCCGGCCGCUGCUCUGGAUCGGCCUCGGGAGGAAGCCGAGAAGAAUCCCAACACCAUCCUUGCCACUGUCCCUUAUGGCGGACAUGUCGGCUUCCCCGAGGGCUGGCUGCCUAUUGGAGACAAGCUGUCCUGGGCUGAUCGCGUGGUGGCUGAGUUUAUUCACGCCCUUGUGGCGCCGAAGCAAGUCGGUUCGAGCAGCGACGCUUGA